CGGUGUGUGAAUGCGCGUGCGUGCGGUGGUUCCCAGUAAACAUGCGCUGCAGUUGGACGCGCGCAGUGUAAAUGCGAGUGUCGAUUCUGGAUCGAAGUGUUAGUGAAUGUGGAUUUACCGCUUGUUGUCAUUUGGCAAGGUACUUUAUAUUUCGGCUUGGGACCAUGACAGUCUCUUCAAUUAGAUGAAUGCCGGCAGUAUCGUUUUUUUUAAUGAGAUUUUUUAGUGACAGUGAUAGUGACUAAAAACAGUGGACGAAAGACAACUAUAGUUUAGUGAUCAGUAAAAGUGACUGGAGUGGUUCACACCUGUUUCAGUACGCAGCGAGGAAUAACCUCUUAUUCGGAAAGGGAAUUAGCCCGUUAUGAGCAGUACCUAAACAUCCAGAGCCCGUGAGCCGAUUUCCUCACUUUGUUAAGAUGGUGCUGCAUGGUGUCAAAGCAGAAAGGAACAGAACAACUUAGCUCACCCUCACCCUUCUACUGCAGGGGUGGAGUGAGCGAGCAUGCCCUGAGUAGCUGAGACUAUGCUCAUUGUACCCAACUGGAUCAUCAUUGCGGUGCUGUUCCUGGCCGCCAGCUUGUUUCCGCGGUUUUCCUCGCAGCACAGCCAAUCGCCGGCUCGCUCCCACCGUCACCCUGGCAACAACCACACAGACCUCACGCUGGAUUGGUCGCAAGAAGGAGAGGAGCUCAUGUCAGUGGAGGCGGGCAGUAGGUGGCUCUCGCACAGAGAGGCGCAGCUCGUGCUGAGGCGGGAAGGAGGCGAAAAGGGUCUUCCUGUGGACUGCUGCCCUUCCACCCUGGAGAUGGUCGAACCUCAAGGAGGAAUCAACCAGGAUGGUAUGCUGGUGGAGCUUUACAGCGAGAUCCAAAAUACUCAGCGGUUCUACGAGUUGUCCUGCCGGGCUGGGGUGGAGGGCAAGCCUUGCCGCUUUCUCGAUCGGCGGCUCCACAACCAAUCCAAGUGCGUCCAGAAGUACUCCUACACAUACGCCAUCGUAAGGGAUGACGGCACGGAGAGUUCGGCCCGCUCAGCUCCUCGGCCCCAACAGCUGUUCCCCUCAGCCACCGGUUACAAGUGGAGGCUCGACUACAUCAGGGUGCGAAGCGGCUGCAGUUGCGAGAUCACGCCGAGGGUCAGGCGAAGACGUGCCAAGUCAAAGCGCAACAAGGGUAGACGUAGUGAGGAAGAGACUUAAUGGUUUUAGAUGUUCCUUCUCAAAUUAUCUGACCUUCAGUGUUUUCUAUUAGGACGUUAACAGGCUUUCCAAGAAUUCUUUUAUUAUGUUUCUCAUGGUAACUAUUCGUUUAAGUGGAGUAUUCAUUAGGAAUCUUUUUGUCCAUUAUAAAAAAGCAGUACCAAAUUGUGUUUGUUUUCAUCAUCAAAUUGUGUACUACGGCUUAAGCAGCUUCGUUCAAAGAGGAUCAGUGUUAGAAAAAAAUAUUUCAAUGUAUCGGGCGUGUGACUAGACAAUCCUACUUAUAAAUGAGUUUUAAAAGAUGCAGCAAACUAACAAACUGGUUAAAUAAGACGUAGUUGUUACUCACUAGACAAUUAUAAUGGUUAAAAUUUACCAAGAAAUUUAUUUAACUUGAUUCAGUGUAAUUAUUAACAUGCUUUUUAUUUUUUACUUCUUUUGUAAGCAAUAUUCAAAAAUGUUUCCAUUUUUUGUAAGUAGGACCGAAAUUACAGAGACUAGUAACAUUUUAUCAACCACGAUGAAAAAUGGUGGGCUAAGAAACCCUUCCCUUUAAAUGCUUUAUUGUAUUAUAUAUUUUAUUUUUAUUUUGAUGUAAAUGAAACUGUGAAAGUUUAUUAAAACCACUAUUAACAUACAUUAUUUAUGGGCACAUUGCUUUUGUACAAAGCAAACUAAAAAUCUUAGUUGUUUCCUUUGUUUUUGUAAAAUAUAAAAGAUAUUGUACAAAAUAAGAUUGCAGUAUUGUAUUAUAUUAUAAUGAAUUAUUAAGUGUUUUGUACAAAUACCAUUUUAUAAGUUGCCAUUACUAUAAGAUGAAAUUUAAAAAUAUUAAAUCAAAACUAAACAUACGACUUUAUGGUAUAGUGUACUGUAUACAAGUAGAGAAACUUAAUUUAUUGCUCUGAUGUCAGCAUACAAAUAGAGAACCUUAAUUUAUUGUUCUGAUGUCAAGAUACAAGUAGAGAAACUUAAUUUAUUGCUCUGAUGUCAAGACUGCGUGCUUGAAGAGUUCUGUCAAUUUGCAUUAUCUAUCUAGUCUUCAAAGGACACUAUAUAAUAAGUUCAAGUCCGACUUGAACUGAGUGCCAAGAGAAUUGUGAAUGGACAGGAAAAGUGUACUAUCAGAAAAACAGUCAAUGAAGAGCACUGUUUUAACGUUGGUUUAGUUUCCAGUUAAAAUUAGUUUCUGUAAUAAUUUAUACAGUUUUUAUUUUUUUACCAGUUUUUAGUUUUCUCACAUACUGUUUCCGCAGCAAAGACUAUACUGAGUGUUUUUAUGUAGGAACAUGAUUUAACGUUAGGUUAAUAAUAUUUACGCUUAUAAUAACACAUUGUAACUUGUAAAUGUAAGAAAUGUGCCAUUAAAUUUAAUGUUUGCGAACAGUAUUAUGGACAGGAACACAGUUUUCAAUAAAAGUAUUACUAUUUCCUAAGAUUGAAUAUAUACAUUAACAAUUUUCGUUUAUUUUUACACUGAGUCGGCCUAAGAUGAUAGUAUUUUUAUAUUGCAUACAUUGCGAUUUGCGACUGUUGUAGAAUAAACCGUUACAACAAGAAGCACGGAUCUUGAAUACAAUUCCGCGGUAGAUCCACGAGCUCGGUUGGUAUAUCGAAAUAAAAGUCCAUGUGUACUUAUUAUACUUGAAAUAGGAAAGUGAAAUGAUUCACGAAAUAAAUGUCACUAUUGAAUCAGUGGUCGAUCAUUGAAUCUAUGAUUACACAUGGCCGAUGGCAAUUCAAAUUGAAUGAUACGUGAGAGCGAAUAGGAAAGCAUUGUUUACAACAGGAAAUGUUUCAAUUCACAGAAUUAUGCGAGGAAUUGAAGAAUAAGUAGUGAACCAAUGGAUACCUAAUAUCUAAUACUUAAUAUGAAGGGUUAUGACAAUUCAUUCUGAAUUGUAUAUAGGAAUGAACCGGACAACAUAUUUGCAAGAAAUUGUCAUAACUGCAGAAUAAAGUAUCUAUGAACGUGUUAGUACUCAAUAAAUAGAUAUCUAAUACUACAGAUAUAAGGCCUAUGAAAGUUGACAUUGCAUAAUGUACGGGAGUAAAUAGGAUAGAAUGUUUUAGCGUGGUAAUAACCAAAAUAUACCCACCGUUAGAGGAUUGUUUUCCCGUUAUGAUAUUCGAGAUAGCGGCAGUUAAAGUUUUUAAGUUCCGUGCACAUUCAAUCCAUACAUAAUAGUGUUGUUAAUACUAAGAUACAAUUUUAUAAAUGAUCAGAUUUUAUAACAAUACCCCGGAUCGAGAUUGCAAUACUUAAAUGUUUGUUUCACUAUUAUUUAUAUACAGAUCACCAGUGUUACCAUGUAUUCUUGUAAAUAUUAGAUUGUAACGAGUAUAGGCUAGAGUCAAUAAAUGCCAAAUGUACAUAGUGUAUUAUGUACAAUUACAUGACAUUCAAUUAUAUUACAUCUGUUUCCAAUGUUAGCGUAGGGCCUCCCGUGUUAGUAAGCAAUCUAAAAUGUGUUAUGUGCAACUCUGAUUAAAGUACGGUAAUAUUUGUUUCAAAUGUAAUGUAGUUUUACGUAGUAUAAUGUUUGUACAAAGUGUCUGGCCAGCGCAUUUAUGACAUUGUAAUGUACUAAUAAUGUAUUUCAUAUGUAUCUUGAAAUUAUACAAUAUUAUGCAUCUGUAA